UUUGGCGCCAAAUGUUGUCAAAUAUUAUUUUCUUCGUUUUGUUUUGAGAAAAAUAAAUAGUGCUUUAUCCGUUUCUACGUUUAUCCCGUUAGCAGUUUUUAAAGAGUAAUAUGAAGUGUACUAUCCCGGAAAUAUCUUGGCACAAUCGAGAACCAGUUCUAAGUGUUCACAUACAACCUCUUUCAGAAAAAUUUUAUAGGUUAGCAACUGGGGGCGCCGACUGUCAUGUUCUGAUUUGGCAAUUAGCAAUAAAUGAGAAUGGAGCCGUGAAAAUGGAAGCUUUAUCGGACUUGACCAGACAUCAGAGAGCUGUAAAUUCGGUUCGGUGGUCACCUAGUGGACAGCACCUUGCUACAGCGGACGAUGAUGCAAACAUCAUCAUUUGGCAGCUUAAAACAGAUAAUAUUCCGUUAUUGGAAGGUGAAACCAGUGAUAAAGAAACAUGGAUUGUUUACAAAGUAAUGAGAGGUCACAAAGAAGAUAUUUAUGACUUGUGUUGGUCACCAAGUGGUCUGAAACUACUAUCAGGUUCAAUAGACAAUACUGCCAUCAUCUGGGACUUCACUAGGGGUAAUAAUGACAACAUUUUAUCAGACCAUAAAGGUUUUGUGCAGGGUGUUGCAUGGGACCCCAAAGGCCACUACCUAGCUACCAUCAGCACUGAUCGCGUCUGCCGAGUAUUUGAGUCAUCUGGAAAACAAGUAAAAUGUAGAAUACAAAGGGGGUGCUUACCGGUGCCUCAAGACCAUUAUCUUCACAACAAAGACGUUAAGUUUUUCCACGACGACACAUUCAAGUCGUUUUUCAGACGAUUGCACUUUUCCCCUGACGGAACGCUGCUAGCGGUGCCUUCAGCACGAAUUGAGAUUGAAGACUGCAAGAAAAUUUUAAACGCAACUCUUAUUUUUGCCGUCGAAUCGUGGUCACAACCUAUCGCUAUGCUACCAUCUGGGAGUCAGUGUAGUACGGUGGUACGUUUUUGUCCCAUUUUAUUCGAAUUGCACGUAAAUGGUCCAGAUCCGGCUGUUUCUCUUCCGUUUCGUAUGAUCGUUGCGGUCGGAACCGAUCACGACGUUAUUUUGUAUGAUACGCAACAAAUUCAGCCUUUUGCCUACUUUAAGGAUAUCCACUAUACAAGAUUGACUGAUUUGACCUGGUCCGAAGACGGUCUUUUAUUGGUUGCGUCGUCAACUGAUGGAUAUUGUGCUUUAAUUACUUUUGAACCAAAUGAAUUGGGUGUUCAGUAUGUUAAGGAGGAAAGUGAAGUUGAAGAGAGUGUUUUGGAUGUGAGCGGGUGCGAGGAGCUGGAGAAGGACGAGAACGUGGAUUUUGUUAAGCCAAAAAGGUUGAAUUUGUUGGAACAGUGGGCGGUGAAGACGCCGAAAAAGAAGAGUGCGAGUACUAGUAGUAACAAUGAGAUUGAAGAUGACAACGUUAAGAGAAAACGUGAAGAUGAACCUGGUAAAAGUGCAGUUGCCUGUAAAAGAAUCAAACCUAUUCGAGUUGAAGAUAAGAAAAUUGAGAAGGAAGCUUCAAGCUCAACACAUAAGCAGGAGGUCGUUUGUAAGAGAAUCAAACCAAUCCGUGUAGAAGACAAGAAAAUUAAUAACGAAAUUAUGUUGAGUAAAAAAGAAAAUCCUUCCCCUAGAGGUAGUCCGCUAUUAAAUUUUUUGAAACGAGUGUCAAAGGAGAAGAAUGACUCCAAGAACACAACAGUUGACGUUUCCGCUGACAUGAUUGAUUUAACUGUAGAUGAAAAUGAAGCCAGAGAUGCAUGGAAAUGCGAAACAGAUGACGUAAAAGAACAAAAAAUUACAGUGGUCAAUGAUGACGAAUAUACAGAAGAUUUCAGUUUGCAUUUAGAAAACACUAACAGUCAGAUAAGUCCAGAAAGCAAAAAUGAACAAGAUUCUUCUGACAGUAAAAACGAUGAAGCAGACAAAAAUCACAGUCAUGACCUAGAAGACACCGAAGUGAGUAUUCAUGGAGGCGCGGUUAACAUUACAGAUGUAAAGGAAAACGUAAAGGAAAAAGAACGUGAAGAAAAAUCAAACAAAGUAGAUGAGACUGAAUCUCAAACAAAAGACAAACAAGAAAAUUGUGUUCAAAUCAAAGACAAUGAUAUUAAUGUUCCACAAAAUACUAAUGAAACCAUGCUCAAGAAAACUGUUGAAAUAGAAAAAGUGCCGCAAGUGUUAACGAACACAGUAGAUAAAACCAGUGUUCCAAAAAAGCGAGUUCCACUAAUAACGCUGUCAAGUCCAAAACAUAAGAAAAAAUUAUCCUGAUUUGUUAGUUGUUAUAUCAUGUUUAUAGUUUGACUUAAAAAUUUCAUUUAUUAUUUAUCUUACACUUUCAAUAAAAAGUAUUAUUUUUA